GGGGCUGGCUCCUCUGACACGGGACAAAAGGCAGGGCAGGAGCCGGCUGCACAGAGCUGUUGCAGCCCAGGGAAGGUGACAAAGACAGCGGCCGCCUUUCCCGUCAGCAAUGGCAUCCACAGUCCACAUGCCAGCGCCUGUCUGCCUCAUUGAGAACAGCCCGACAAAGGGGCUGAUGGUCCAGAGGGAGGCCCUGCAGCUGCUGUCCAAGGUCAGCCAGCCUGUGGUGGUGGUGGCCAUCACAGGGCCGUACCGCACGGGCAAGUCCUACCUCAUGAACAGGCUGGCUGGUGAGAGAAGAGGCUUCUCCUUGGGCUCCAGCGUGCAGUCCCAGACCAAAGGUAUCUGGAUGUGGUGUGUACGUCACCCCCGCCGGCCUGGACACACUCUGGUGCUGCUGGACAGUGAAGGGCUGAGUGACGCAAAGAAGAGUGACACCAAGAACGACACGUGGAUCUUUGUGCUGACCGUGCUGCUCUCCAGCACCAUGAUCUACAACAGCAAAGGCACCAUUGACCAGAACGCCAUGGACCAGCUGCACUACGUGACAAAGCUGACUGAGCGCAUCAAGUUGAAAGCAGCACCCAAGAAGAGUGAAGAUGAGCUGGAGGAUUCCGACAAAUUUGUCGGCUUCUUCCCGACUUUUGUCUGGGCUGUCCGGGAUUUCACACUGCAGCUGCAGGUGGAUGGGGAGGAAAUCUCUGAGGAUGGAUACUUGGAGGACAUUCUGAAGCUCAAGGCUGGCAGCAGCCCCGAGACCCAGCUCUACAACCAUCCCCGGGAAUGCAUCCGCCAGUUCUUUCCGGAACGCAAGUGCUUUGUUUUUGACCAACCAGCUGGGAGGAGGAAACUGCCCCUCUUGGAGGAACUUCCGGAUGAUGAGCUGGAUCCUGAUUUCCAGCAGCAGGUAGAGAAGUUCUGCAGCUACAUCUGGGAGAAGUCUCCGCCUAAGACCGUCCCAGGUGGCCACAUCGUAACUGGGAACCUGCUGGGGAAACUGGCAGAGACCUACCUGGAGGUCAUCCGGAGCGGGGCAGUGCCAUGCCUGGAGAGCGCGGUGUUUGUCCUGGCCAAGGCUGAGAACGCGGCGGCGGUGGAGGAGGCUGUGAGGUUGUACCAGGAGCUGAUGGAGCAGCGGGCGAAGCUGCCAACGGAGACUCUUGAGCAGCUGCUGGAGCUGCAUGCCCAGUGUGAGCGGGAGGCCCUGGAGCUGUUCAUGGCACGGGCAUUCAAGGAGGACAUCGAGCACGCCCAGAUCGAGCUCGCGCGCCGGGUCGAGGCCAUCAAGGUGAAGUUCUCCAUGGACAACGAGCAGGCAUCCCAGGACAAGUGUGAGGCUGCUCUCACGGACCUCUCCCAAGCCCUGGACAAACGAGUCCGUGAUGGUGUCUACAGCGUGUCAGGGGGUUACGAGCAGUUCAGAGGAGACCAGCAGGCAGUGGUGGAGAAGUACAGGGAUCUGCCUGGCAAGGGAGUGAAGGCUGAUGCUGUCCUGCUGCAGUUCCUCCAAAGGACACAGACUCUGGCCCAACACAUCCGCAACACAGACCGCUCCCUGACAGAGAAGGACAAGGAGAUGAAAAGUGCACAAGAGCAGAAUGAGAGAGCUGAGCAGGAGAGGGAAGUCCAGAGGAAGAAGGAGGCUGAAGAGAAGCAGAAGUUGCAGGACCAGCUACGCAAAACCAACGAGCAUGAGCGUCAGCUGAGAAAGAAGCUGGAGGAUUCCUACAAGAAGCAGCUGGAGGAGCAGGAGAAGAUAAUCAGACAUAAAUUAGAGGAGGAGAUGGCAUUGAGACAAGAGGGCUUCUCUGACAGAGCUGACCACAUGAGCCAGGUGACCCGUAGGCUGGAGGAGGAAAAAGGCAGCAUCUGGAAUACUUUAUUGUCUGUGGUUGAAACAUUUGUACCCCUUGUGAAAGUCGUGAGAAUGGGCAUAUCUGCCCUUUCAAAACUCUUUUGAAGAUUUCCUUAUGGCCCCAGGGGUUAACACAGUAAGAGAGCUGUUUGGUGUCCCUGCCUGCCAUCCUGUGACAUUUCAAAAGCCCUUCCUGCAAGGUGCUUGCCAGAGAGUAUGCAACUAACCUCCACCUGCACUUGGACCACACUCUCUAGUGCUUUCACGCAGGGCUUAUCCAGAGGAAGAUGUUGUCCUCUUCCGUGCCAGAGCACUUGGUGUCUCCCUUGCCCUGAAGGCGUGGGGCACAUCUCAAGCCAGGCUGGCCUGGGGCACAGAAAGGCCAUGAUGCCAGCAGGCCGGGCUGGGAGUGUUUUGCCAAUAUGCCAAAGGGGAUCCCACUCACCUUUUCUGGAGACCUCCUUACCAGGGCUGCCUGAAACCCCCAGGCGAGCUUUGAGCUCAUGUCCUCGGCUCACACUUCCCGCAGCAGCGUGAAGGAGGUGGAGGUGGUGAGCAAACCAGGGGUCCACGUGCUGAGCACUGUCUUCCCAGGUCACCUUCACGCCUGAUGGAGCCUGCCUGUCCUGGAGGUGGCUGCACACCCGCCUGCCGAUGGGAAGUGGGGAAUUCAGCCCUUGUUCUGUUUUCUUUGCACACGCAGCUGUUGCUUUGCCUACUAAACUGCCCUUCCCUCAA